AUGAUAGCCGAGACAUCUUCAGCACCCGCAGUGCUGACAGCGCUGCCAACCUGCGCGACAGAGGGCUGCCCCCCAAAGCUGGUGAGUCGGAUUUUGAGUCGUCUCAAGGGAAGCAUGCAAGGCGAUGAUAGCCGAGACAUCUUCAGCACCCGCAGUGCUGACAGCGCUGCCAACCUGCGCGACAGAGGGCUGCCCCCCAAAGCUGCAGCGCCAGGAGCGCGUUUGCUGCGCAAAUCACUGUCCGACCAAUGCAUUUCCACCAGCAGCAGCAGUCCCACCUGUGAAUCAUGUCUCCUCCUUGCUCCCCUCCCCCCCUUCCCCCUUCCCAGCAGCGCCAGGGACUCGUGUGCUGCGCAAGUCACUCUCAGAGCGAAGCAUUUCCACCACCAGCGACUCUGCCUCUCCUCUCCCCGCCCUCCUUUCCCCACCUUUCCCCACCUCCCUCCCCCCUUCCCAGCAGCGCCAGGGGCUCGUGUGCUGCGCAAGUCACUCUCAGAACGAAGCAUUUCCACCACCAGCGACUCUGCUUUUGAUACAGACCUCGAUGCUGCUGCUGCCGCUGCUGCCGGUGUUCCUGGGAUGGAAACACUCAGGCAAGAGAGCCUUCCCUUAGACCCCAGGCGCGGAAGGGGUUUGACCGAGCCAGGAGUAGGAGGGGGGAAGGGCGAGGGGCGGGCGGAUUGGGAUGAGGACGGGGGGAGGAGGAGAGGGGGAAGAGGGGCGUCCGGGGCGGGGCUUCCCCCUGUUGGCGGAGGUAUUCCCCCUGGUCUUCCCCCUGGCCUUCCCCCGCCUGCUGGGGGCGGGUCCCCUGGCCUUCCGCCGGUUUUUCCUGGUAGGAGCUCUUCUGUGGCUAGCGAGGAGGCUUAUGACGGGGAUGAGAGGGUGAGGGGGAACAGGAGGCGGUCGUUUGCAGAGGAGGAUCGGGAGAGGGGUGGAGGUGGAAGGGGAGGGGAGAGAGGAGAGAGGGUGGAGAGAGGGGGAAGGCUGCCUAGGCAAGCGAGUGAGGGAGGGGCUAUGAUGAGAAGGUAUGAAGAGGAGGAGGCGGAAGAGAGGAGGCUUAGGAUGAGCAGGCAAAGCAGCUUUGAGAAACGGGAGAGGGAGGAGGGGAGGGGUGAGAGGAAGGUUCGGGGAGAGAGGGAUGAGGGAAGGGUGGAGCGGAGGGGGGAGAGAGAGGAAGGGAAAGGGGCUAGAAUCCCUCGUGUGCCCCGUCAAAUGAGUGUGGAUGGCGGGGGCGCGGAGAGGGAGAGGGAUGAAAGGCGGGGGGAUAGAAUCCCGCGUGUCCCUCGACAAGGGAGUGUAGAUGGCGUGCGGGCGGACAGGGAUAGGGAGGAGAGGCGGGGAGGGGAUAGGAUUCCACGGGUUCCCAGGCAGGGUAGUGUGGAUGGUGGGGGAUGGGAGAGAGAGAGGGAGGAGAGGAGAGGUGAGAGGGCCAGUGCAGACAGUGGGAGAGAGAGAGAGGGGGAACGAGGGGGAGAAGGAGGGAGGGGAGAACCCAAGGGGCGGAUUGCUAGAGGGGCUAGUAUGGAUGUCGGCGCGAUGCUGGGAGGAGGGGCUGUGGAGAGGAAAUACGUGGGGCAGGGGCAGCAGUCACACCCUUCUCACUCCCCCCUGCCACGGUCCCAAUCGCAGUCGCUGCAGCAGUAUCAUCUGCAGCAGCAGCCGCACAGGGCGCCCUUACCCAGACGUGCUUCUGUUGAGAGUGACCCUCAUUCCCCUCACCGCUCCUCUGGGAGUGUCGGGAGUCCCCAUAGCCCUGGCGCAUCUGCUGCUGCUGCUGCUGCUGCUGCUGCUGCUGCUGCUGCUGCUGCUGCUGCUGGUGGUGGUGCUGCUGCUGGUGCUGGUGGCAGCGCAGGCGCAGACAAGAAAAUCUCCCGCCUCUCCUCUCUUUCCGCUGAGGACCUGAACGCGUUAGGGGCAGUGGAGGGGGAUGCAGCAUGCACUGUGGAGGAAAUCCAGUCCUCCUUUUUCAAGUCCAGCAAGAAGGGCGGGCUGCUAGGGUUUGCUAAGAGGGGCCUGGCUCAGAUGAAAAGGGGGUUCUUUGGAAGUGGGGGUGGGAGCGUGCUUGGGCGGGAGUUUGGGCGGCUGGACAAGAAGUACAUGAUGAGUGAGAAGGAGCUCGGGGCGGGGCAGUUUGGAGUGACGCGCGUGGUGCAGUGCAAGCAGACCGGGCGGCAGCUGGCUUGCAAGUCGAUCAAUAAGGGCGACCUGAAGAGCAAGGCGGAUGUGGAUGCAGUGAAGAGGGAGGUGAUGGUGCAUGAGGUGCUGGGCGGGCAUGCCAACGUGGCAAAGCUGGAAGAUGUCUUUGAGGACGAGGAGGCGGUGCAUCUGGUGAUGGAGCUGUGCCAUGGGGGUGAGCUGUUCGAUCGCAUCAAGGAGAGACGGGGCCUGGACAAGAGGGACGCUCAGGGCAUCAUGCAGCAGGUGCUGUCCGUGCUAGCCCACUGCCACCAGCAUGGCAUAGUGCAUCGCGACAUCAAGCCCGAAAACAUCCUUCUCAAGUCGCAGCAGUCCCUCUCCGACUGCCGGGUCAUCGACUUUGGCAUCGCUGCCAUCGUGAAACCAGGGGCCAAGCCACUGACGGAGUUCAUGGGGUCGCCAUACUACGUGGCACCAGAGGUGGUGGAGGGCAGCUACUCCUUCCCUGCCGACAUCUGGAGCGCCGGGGUUGUGCUCUAUGUCAUGCUGGCUGGAGUGCCGCCCUUUUGGGCGCGAACCGAAGCUGGUGUGAUUAAAGCUAUAAAGGAAGCCAAGGCGAGCUAUAGAGGGGACGUGUGGCGCGGCGUGAGCGCAGAAGCAGUGGAUCUGUUAAAGAAGAUGCUUGUAAGGGAUGCGAAGAAGAGGCUAACGGCACAAGGGGCUCUUG